AUGACUAACGACCAUGAUUUUUCGAUGCAUUUGGCUAACCAAAUCUACUUUGUGCUUCUCAUGCCUAAGUUUCAAAAGCACUUGACCAUGUCAGAUAUGGCCACUUUGGCCAUUAAAGUCAGCGUGGCUCUUCAAAGUGCGUCGAGCAAGGACGAUCAUCGCUGCAAGAAGGCUUGUAUUCUUGUGUUGGUGCUGGUGGAUUAUCUCAAGCUAGUGCCUGGGUCGGUCAGGAAGUUGCAGAGAUUUACUUCUAGAAGAGCUAAGAUGGCAGUUUGUUCCUUUAGACACAGAUUGAGCACAAUUUAUGAAGGCACAACUCUUUAG